GUGUGUCCCCGGUGUGUGUGUUCUCUUGACCAUAUAUAUUGGGCCAUGUGAACACAGACGUGGAGUUUUGUAAAAUAGACUGUGUAGUGGCUGCAGGGCUGUUUGCCUCCCUUAUUAAAUUUCUCUCUCAAAGAAGAGCUAGCAGGAAUAUAAAGCACCUUCAGAUCUCUCUGAGCUGCUUGUGGAAGGAACUGAGGAAUCUCUUCUCCCUGAGACUCUAGCUGACUACCUGGCCCUGCAGAAAAAAUGAGUGACAGCCUGGACGAUGGGUCUUUCAUGUUCACAUCGGAGUCCGUAGGAGAGGGACAUCCAGACAAGAUCUGUGACCAGAUCAGUGAUGCUGUCCUGGAUGCUCACCUGAAGCAGGACCCAGAUGCCAAAGUGGCCUGUGAGACGGUGUGUAAGACUGGCAUGGUGUUGCUCUGCGGGGAGAUCACAUCUCGGGCCAAUGUGGACUACCAGAGGGUGGUGAGGGACGCCAUCAAACACAUCGGCUACGACAACUCUGAAAAAGGUUUUGACUAUAAGACCUGUAAUGUGCUUGUGGCUCUGGAGCAGCAGAGUCCCGACAUUGCUCAGGGCGUCCACAUUGACAGAGAGGAGGAGGACAUGGGAGCUGGGGACCAGGGUCUGAUGUUUGGAUAUGCCACAGAUGAGACUGAGGAGUGCAUGCCUCUCACCAUCGUCUUAGCUCACAAACUCAACUCAAAGAUGGCUGAACUCAGACGCGACGGAUCCGUCCCCUGGCUGCGCCCUGACUCUAAAACACAGGUGACGGUACAUUAUGACCAGAAGAACGGAGCUGUGAUCCCUAAGAGAGUUCACACCAUCGUAAUCUCCGUCCAGCACGACGAUUUUGUUACUUUGGAGGAACAGAAGAAGGUCCUCAAGGAGAAGGUGAUCGACGCUGUGGUUCCUGCUAAAUAUUUGGACGACAAGACCAUCUACCACCUCCAGCCCAGCGGUCGCUUCGUCAUUGGAGGACCUCAGGGUGAUGCUGGUGUGACAGGCAGGAAGAUCAUUGUGGACACAUACGGAGGUUGGGGCGCUCACGGUGGUGGAGCUUUCUCCGGUAAAGACUUCUCAAAGGUGGACCGCUCUGCUGCCUACGCUGCUCGCUGGGUGGCCAAGUCUCUGGUCAAAGCUAAACUCUGCAGGAGAGUUCUGGUUCAGGUAUCUUAUGCUAUCGGAGUGGCACAGCCUCUGUCCAUCUCCGUCUUCACCUACGGUUCCUCCGACAGAUCAGAGUCAGAGCUGCUGCGGAUUGUCAACAAGAACUUUGAUCUGCGUCCAGGAGUCAUUGUUAGGGAACUGAACCUGAAGAGGCCCAUCUACCAGCAGACAGCCUCCUACGGCCACUUUGGUCGACCAGAGUUUACUUGGGAGAUGCCCAAAAAGCUUGUGUACUAAAUACUCCACCUGCUCUUCCUUGAGGCGCCUCUUUCUUGGCUACGACUGCUUCAACUGAUUGGACAUUUUUAAAUAGGAAGAACCAAAGCCAACGUUAACGAUAAGUAAGAUUAAAAGAGAUGAGGAUUAUCAUCAUAUGCACGAGUGGUUGUAGUCAUGUAAUGUAGUAGACAGGCAUUGCAGAGGACAUCUCAGUAACCAAUCCUUUCCCCCCGUCCUUGAACAUCCAAUUAUUGGUGCUUUAUAAAUAUGGGUACAAUCGCUAGUCAAAGAUCUUCCCUGGUAAGGUAAAGGAACAACACAGCAAAUAGAAUCCACUGAAGAUAGAUAUUUCUAACCCACUAGAAUCAGGGUUUUACCUCAAAGCUGCAAAUGUUCCUUUACUUGAUCAGUAUGAUGUACAGAAACCACCUCAGUGCUUUAUUUACUUCAUCAGUGACGAACAUAAAUAUGUACGAAGUGUAAUUAUUGCUCAACCAAAGGCUCAGCUUCAUGACUGUAAAAUUCCUUUUUUCUAAGUCUUAAUUUGUAAUGUGUGCUACAGGAAGCUGUUUGCACUGUUACCAUCACUGUUGUAAGUCCAGACAGGUCAUUACAGUGGAGAGGGCUCUGAUCUCUUCAACAUUGAGUUACAAUCAGUAAAUAGCCAUGCGGUUUUCACACUGCACUUCUUUGCUGUCAUCCUUUCAGCCUCUGCUUGGCUGAUUUGUAUUUUUAAAUGGGUUUUUUUUUUACCUGUAGGCCCGCUGCUGUUAAAGAGUCUAUACAUUUUAUCAAAACACUUAAAGUCUUAAUCAGUCUCUUCUCUUUGAAGUGGAUUAUCAAGCUGCACGCUGUUGAGGCUAAGCAUUUAGUUCACCACUGAUGUCUUAUAGUUGCUGCAUUGUUGACCAUUUAAUUCUAUCUGACAUAAUACCAUGGUGUGGAUGCAGAUCACCUUUAUCUUUGAGAUGAUGUUAAGUUCUCUGCAGAUCUUUAUUGCAAAUUGAGAUCCUCCCUUGUGGAUUUAGAUUGCAAAAAGGGUUUUUCAAAUGUAUUUCUCAAAAGGCAUUUCGAACCUUGAAUGGUUAAAGUAUUUAAUCAAAUGGUUUCCUUCUGAUAGGUAGAGGAAGUGUGAACAGUGCUCACCUCAAACCUUCAUGUCUGCAGAGGUGCACACUUUGUGGCUAUUGUAACAACCCGUGCUUUCUUUUACAGCAGACAUUGUUUUCUAUUUAAUGUGUUGAUCUGUGUUGACUCUGUUGGAAGAGAAUCUGGACAAUGUAAAUAAUUAAACA